GUUCAUCCGGUUCACAUGAUCAUGGCGGUACCUGCUGUUGCUGCUGAUUCUUCCUCCGUAGAAAACAUGCCAGAAACUGCUAAUGGACCCACGGAGGACUUCACCGAGGCCCAGAAGCGACCGCAGUUCGGCACUCGCUUCCUCACAGACCCGCGACAGGUGUUUCAGCACAACGCGUGGGAUAAUGUAGAGUGGUCAGCAGAACAGGAGGAGGCUGCCCAGAAGAAAGUGCAGGAAAACGGUCAACCUCUCCCAGCAGAAAAACAAGAGGAGUUUGACAGCAGGGCUAAUGAGUACUGGAACGAUUUCUACACCAUUCACGAGAACCGUUUCUUCAAGGAUCGCCACUGGCUGUUUACAGAGUUCCCUGAGCUGGCCCCUCGACAAAAGGCUCCACAUGACAGUGAGGAGAUGGGAACCGCAGUUCAGUAUGGGUUAAAUGGUGGUGAAGAUGUUCCCUCGUCGCACAUAGACACUACAUUUCCUGGAGCCUCUGCAUCCUAUCGCAUCCUGGAGGUGGGCUGUGGAGUAGGCAAUACAGUCUUUCCCAUCUUAAAAACCAACAAUGACCCAGGUCUCUUUGUUUAUGGUUGUGAUUUCUCCAGCACGGCUGUUGACCUUGUCAAAUCAAACCCUGAGUAUGACUCGUCGCGCUGUCACGCAUUUGUCCAUGAUAUGAGUGAUGCGUCUGCAGAGUAUCCAAUGCCAGACCGCAGUCUGGACGUCAUUGUCCUCAUAUUUGUGCUGUCUGCCCUGCAUCCACAGAAGAUGCAGAACUCCAUUAAUAGAUUAGCACGAUUGCUGAAACCCGGAGGAGUGUUACUAUUGAGAGACUAUGGUCGCUAUGACAUGGCACAGCUUCGUUUCAAAAAAGGGAGGUGCUUGUCUGAAAAUUUCUAUGUUAGAGGGGAUGGGACACGCGUCUACUUUUUCACACAAGAUGAGCUGCAUGAUCUGUUUUCCAGUGCUGGCUUGGAGAAGGUCCAGAACAUGGUGGACCGGCGCUUACAGGUGAACAGAGGAAAGCAGCUGACAAUGUACAGAGUCUGGUUACAGUGCAAGUAUCGUAAGGUCCUGGCGCCGCCUUAGAAUCAAGGUUGCUUAUUUGGAGAGAUAGAGAACAUCUGGGCUGAACCACGAAGAUGUGGUGACAUGGUUGUUUUAAAGAUGAUGGACAGGUUGUAACAACUUUGAAGAUUGCGGUGCUGAAACAUGCCAUUAAGCGUGCUGAACGCACUGAGUGGAAUGGAGACUCAAUCUUAUGCAGCCUACUUGGAAAUGCUGAUGGAGGACAUGAUGCAUCUGAGGACCAUAAACUGUUUGUUCAUCAACUGAGUGAUGUUUUUAAGGACUUUUUAAAUGUUAUGAAUAAACUACAUGACGGUAUUAAAUAAAAGCAU